AUGGGCGAGAUGCGCGGUGCGGCAAAGACACAAUAUCUGUAUGCACGAGCCUUGGAGCGAGUGACCCCAUCUUACCACCCCGGUGUGUCUCAGGCAGAUCUUCAGAAAGCACGGGUCACAGUGCCCCGCUUGCAGCAGCCCAUCAUGGACGAUGGCCGGACCCGGACACAGCUGCUGGAUCCAAAAGGUUCCCUGAGGGAACGUAUCGUGCUGCGAAGUUGGCUGCCGGACUCCUUGAAGAUGGAGUGCUUAGAACGUGCUGAGAAGAUGGCCGAGCAGCGUGGAGACGGCGGCCUGGCGGCGAGAAUGUCUCAACGAAGGAGGAGCGUAUGUCAGCCACCUCCGAUCUCUGGGGGUUUUUACGAGGGACAGCGGGUCAUGGCCCGGAGUGACCUGUACUUGGAAGGUGAUAAUAUCUUGGCGGCCUUCAUGGACAAGGCGGUGGUGCUGGGGCCCUCUCGUAGCAGUGAUCCCAGCCGAGUAUGCGUGCGCUUCGAGGACCCCGACGAAGCACACGGGUUUCCUUCUUUUGUGUGGAUCCAGCAGGAGCGGCGCGAUGGCGGCACGAUGUGGGUCAACGACGAGAUCAUGUCGGAGGAGAAUGGCCUGCUCAUGCAGAAGUACAUUGAGAUAGGUGCGCUUGAGCUCCGGAUCAUUCCCUGGACUUCCAGCGCGAAAGGUGGGCAAAAGUGGCACAGCACGGCGCGAAGGGAGAAAAGGCAUUUCCUGGGAGCAGAGCGCGCCUUUGCAACCAAGGUGGCCUUUGUGAAGAAGAUCUAUGCCGAUGGGAGCACCUGCCAGAAGUGCGACUUCGUUUGGAAGCAGAUUCAGAAGGACAACCUCACUGAUCGCAUCGAUCGUGUGAUCCUGGCAGAUGAGCGUGACCAUUCUUCGGAGGGUGUGGUGCUUGCAAGAAAGCAUGAGGUGACUCGUGCGCCCUUCUUUGUCGUGACCGAUGACGCAAAGCCGGAGGAGCACGGACUUGCCGCCAGAGAAAGUGGUUCGUUGUCACGAAAGGUAGCCUGGUAA